AUGAAAAAAGUGUAAAUUAAUUAGUAUAGGGAAAUAAAUUCAAUCGCAUAAAUUGUCAAAGCCAAUUAAAAAAUUAUUCAAGCUGAGCUUAAUUAACUUUUAUAAUAAAAUAGUUAAAUCCUAUAAAGCACUUCUCCUAAUGAACUUGUUAAAUUAUGGUUUGAAUUGAAUGCUGAGGAGAGAUCUAAAUACAUACUAUCAGGAUAACAUGAAUUGUCCAAUUUUGUUUAAUAAGAAUUAAAAUCUAAUUUUUUAAAUGUCAAUCAGAUUUUGAAAGCUGCUAACUUUUUUGAUGGAGUCCCUUGGCAUUAUAAAAUUACAAAUAAAUUUGCCUAAAAUUUUUGCAGACUAAGUUAACAUUAUAUGAAAGUCUUGGCUUAUUUAAAAACAAUUCUUUAAGGGUAUUUUUCAAUGAUUGACCAAGUGAUGAUUUCAACAGUUAUUGAUAUAGAACCUUUAUCAAAUUUCUAAGCCUACUUUUAAACCAAAACAGAGGAAGGAUUUACAUUGUUUUGGGAAGUGGCUAUUGAUAAAGUUCCAAAAUUAGUUUUUCAAAAUAAGUUGAAUAUCAAAUAAAUUGUUGGUUUUAAUUUCUAUCAUACUAUUACAUUUGUUGACAUAAAAUAAGAGAAUAUUCUUGAUAAAGAUGUUAAAUUAAUCAUUUCAAAUUAUCAUAAUGACACAAAAGGUUCUUAUUAUAGAAAAGGCAUUGAUUAUUCAAAGUUAAAAUAAGAAGAAUUUGAAAAUGAAAUAAAUAAAUGUUAUCUGUUUAUGAGGUCAACCAAUAAUAAUAAUUAAUAUUGGGAAUUAAAUUAUAAUUUAAUGAAAAAUGAUAUCAUAAAAUGGUUAGGUCAUAAAUUUAUAUCAAUAUUUUUAAAUAAAUAGGAGUAAGCGAAGUAUUAAUUUGAUACAUCAUCUUAAAAGUGGAUAAGCAAAGUUGAUGAGUACAUUUAAUAAAAUGAGUCAUAGAUUCAAUAAGAAAAGCUAUUCAAAAAGGAUUUAGUCUAAAAAUUUGCAGAUUUUACAAUUUCAUCAAAAUUAGUAGAAUUUUUAUAAAAAAUUCCUAAUUUCAGCAUAAAAUUGACUGAUGAAUAAAAGUAAAUUAUUGGAAUGGAAGGCAAAAUUAUCUUUGGUGGCAGGAGUGGAACAGGAAAAACUACAUGCUUGAUCCUUAGACUUUUAGCUAUGAAACACAUAUUUAAACUUAGAAUAGAAAUGCAUAAGAAAAAAAAUCCUUCAAUAGAAAUCGAUGACCUUUAUUUUAAUUGUUUAUUCAUAAGUAAUAAUAAUAUCCUCUCAAUCUAAGCAAAAAAAUAUUAUGAAAAACUGAAUAAUUAAGUUUAAGCAGAGUUGAAUAAAAAUAAAUAAAAAAGAAAUUAUUAAAAUUCCCAAAAUUUAUCGUGGGCAUAGGGAGCAUCAUAAGAUAGCUAUCGAUCAAAUUUAUUAACUUAAGGCUAUUAAAAUGUUUAGUAAGAUUAUCCAUUAUUUUUAACUAUCUAAUAGUUGAUUUUUAUGAUUGAUUCAUUUUUAAAUAAACCAUACUUCCCUUAAAAUCAAUCUUAACAAAAUUUGAAUAUGUGUAACUUUGUUGCAGGUAAAAAUAAUGAAGAUAUGCCUUUUUAAGUUCCGAAUUAAUAUUUUAAGUAAGAUAUAGAUUAGGAAGGGGAAAUUAAUUUGAAUGGUUUGAUUUAAUAAUAAUUAUUUAAGGAUAAUAAAGAUGUAGAGAAUAAUACCCAAAAUUAUUACUGGAAAGAAGAACAAAAAGAAAAAUUGAUCAAUCAUCAAGAAGUAGAUUUUGCAUUUUUUCUUAAUAAUUUUUGGCUAAAGAAGUGUUCUAAUGUUCAACUAAAUCCUCAUUUUGUUUGGACUUACAUUUAUUCUUAUAUUAAAGGAUGCUCCAAUGCUCAUGAAUAUCCUGGACACUAUAUUUCUAAGAGUACAUUUUUAAGAAUGGUUAGCGAUAAUAAAGAGUUCAACAUUUUAUAUGAUACCUUUGUUUAAUAUGAAAAGUGGAGAGCAGAAAAAGGAUAUUAUGAUUUAUUAGAUGUGGUUAAUCAUAUCUUAGUAUAAUUUAAAUAAGAUGAAAUAUGUAUGCCGCAGAUUCAUUAUUUAAUUAUUGAUGAAAUUUAGGAUUUGCCAGAGGCUAUGAUAUUGUUAUUUGAAAAAAUAGCACUAUUUGGAACAAUAUACAGUGGUGAUACAGCUUAGAAUAUAUCUAAAGGAGUGGGCUUUAGAUUUUUAACGAUAUAAGAGUUAUCAAAAAGGAUUGAUUAGAAGGAUGAAUAUCAAUAUUACUAAUCAGAAUAAUUUCUUAAAACCUUGAAUUAAAAUUUUAGAUCAAAUUCUUAGAUCUUGAAGUUAGCCAACUCAAUUGUUUCCUUAAUUCAGAUGUAUUUUCCAAAAACUAUUGAUGAUUUUAUAAAGGAAUCAUCAAAUUUUAAUGGUAUAAAGCCUAUUAUUGUGAAUGGAAGUUUAGAUUUAUUAUUUUAUUUAUUUGAAGGACUAGAUAGUACAUUAAUUAAUGAGGAAAUAUAAAAACAGCCUAUAGAGUUAGGAUUUAGAUCUGUCAUUAUUGUGAAAAACAAAGAAUAAAAAAAGAAUAUACCUAAACUUUUAUAACAUAUCUAGGUUUUAUCUAUUGAAGAAGUGAAGGGCUUGGAGUUUGAGAAUGUUAUUCUUUAUAAUUUUUUUACGGAUAGUAUUAUUAAGGAAUUUGAAUGGAAAUUAUUGUAAACAUGUGAGGUUAUAGAUGAGGAAAUGAAUAAAUAAGCAUAUUUAACUAGUUUAACUAGAAAAUCAACAAUUGAUUAUUAUACCUCAUAUUUUACUGGGUAUGAUGAUAAAAAUGGGAAUAUCUUAAUCAAACGAAUGAUACCAUAUAUAAAAUAUUAUGAUGAGUUUUCUUAUAAUAACAGUGGCUUGUGCAAUGAACUUAAACAACUCUAUAUUGCAACAACGAGAUCGAGGUAGUGCUUAUAUAUUUUUGAUGAACAGCCCUAAUAAAGGAGAUGGAUAGAACAGAUUUGGAAAAGUCUGCUAUUAGUUGAAAUAUUUGAAUAAAUAAACUUUGAUCAUUAAAAUUUAUAACCCAAUCUUUAGAUUAAAUCUAAAUUCUAAUGGAAGGAAUAAGGCAAAAUUAUGUUUCAGAAACAAUUAUAUGAAUAAGCUGAAAAAUGUUUUCAAUUUUCAGACGAGGAUAUUAUGUGUAAAAGAGCCAAGGGUUUUAGAUUAGCCACAGAAGGUUGUUAACUCAUUUUAUCUUUUUAAUAGUAAUCAUAACAAUAUCUUAAGUUAAAGGAUAAAAAUCAAAAGAUAAGUGAAUUAAAGUAACAGUAUUAAGUUAGAUUAUAAGAAGCUGCAUAUUUGUUUUAAGAUACACUCAAUUUUAGAUAAGCUGCAUAAUGUUUUUACUUUUGUGAGUAAUAUGAUUAAGCAUUCUAAAUAUACGCUAGCCUUGAACUAUUUUAAGAAGCAGGUGACGCAGCCUAUAAAUCAGAAAAAUAUAUAGAGGCAGCAAAAUUCUUUUUAAAAUGCAAAGAUAUUACAAAAACAAUAGACUCAUAUGAAAAGGCAAAUGAAUUUGAAUAGAUCCUAUAAGUGCUUUAUUAAUAAAAGGAUAAAAUUAAUGAUGCUAUUAGAACAGCAUUUAUAAAUAAAUACUUUCCAAUCUUUUUAAAAAAAUUGACAAUUGAAUUCGAAAAUAAAUAAUAAUACUAUUGUUAGUAAAAUACAGUAGAAGAUUUAGCUAGAAAAUUUAUUCUGUCUUUAAAAAAUAUAGAAGAACAUAGAUAUCUAAAUGAUAAUAUUAUGGAAUCAAAAAAAUAAUUUGAAAGCUUUUAAUAAUAAUUUAAUUUUGAAGAGGAUUCAAUUUUAGACUUCUAAUUUAAUUUAAAUAAAUUUAAAGAGUGUCAAAAUGAAAAUGAGACUGAAGACAUAGACUUUAGAGAUUAUUCUAUAAUCAAUCCUUAAAGACAAUGUGCAAUCAAAUCAAAUAUUCAAUGCAUAAAUUCUAAUUUGUAAGACAUAAAAGUUUAAGAUUCGGCAAUAACAAAAUUAUUUAAAUACAUAGCAAUGUUUUCAAAUGAAUUUUAGAAGUCUUUAUUGAAGAAUACUAAUUAUUAAACAGAAUAAUAAUCAACAUAUUAAAUUUAAAUUGAGUAAUUAGAUUAAUCAGAUGAUUAAUUAAUAAAUCUUGAUUCAAUAGAUCAAUCGUAGAUACUUUAUGUGUUAGAUGUAUUAAAUCAAUUCCAAAAUUAUAAAUUAUGCAUUAUAAUUUGCAAUAGAUAUAGCUUAUAAGAUCAUUUAAUUAAAUAUUUAUCCAAAAUUGCGAUUUCCUUAUCUCCUUUAUUAUAAUAAUAACCUGGAUUAAACCAAAAUAAAUUAGAAAUUACCGAAUAAUAAGUAAAGAAAGGGAAAGCAGCAUCACUUACACUUCAUUAGAUAUUUCAAAUGAUCGAUUCUAAGUUCUUAAUUUAACAAAUUAGCUAAGAAAAAGGUUUAAUUCCUUCCAAAUAUUUAGGUAAUGACUUUUAUACCUUAUUAAUUUUGCUUGGAUUUUGGAAAAAAAUUUUCAACAUUCUUUAUCAAUUUGCUCAUUAUUUAUGGACUUUAGAAGUUGGAAAAGUAUCUAUUGGAUGA